GCUGAUGUUGCCCACUCCUACCACACUCUGCUGGAUCAUGGAGUGAAAAAGGAGAAUAUAAUCGUCAUGAUGUACGACGACAUCGCCAAUCACCCAGCGGCUGUCGUCCCAGAAUGUUACAGAUUCAUACUGUUACGGAUGGGCCGUCUAGCUUCCCUAAACCCUUACAAGGGACAGCUCUUCAACUCACCUUACGGUCCAGAUGUCUAUCAAGGAUUGAACAUUGACUACAGG